UUCAAGUUCAACCCUGAUUUCUCAGAGACGUGUGGUCGUAAUGGCGCCCUCCAAGCUCCCUGUCAUGUACUCCCUGAGCAGACAGUUCGCCUCAAGAUAUGGCUUCAGCCUGGAAGGGGUAGCUCGCUGUCUGCAUAACACCAGUGGGGUGACUUCUGGGGAUGGCACAGCGGCAGCUGACGAUCCACGCGGUAGCAAAAAUGGUGCAGAAUAUGGAGAGCAUUGUUGCAGAAAGGAUUAUCCAAACCAGAUCGAGAGUGUGUGCAUCGCUGCAGCAUCGCUGAGUGAGGGCGCCAACUCAAGAGGUGGUAAUGGUUUGUUUGAAGAACCACAAAUACUGUCACACAUUUUUCAACCCUCUUCUGGCGUCAUGCACGUAAGACCUUCUUCUUCGAGUAGUCUUGGCUUGGAACCCUUUCCUGUGUUCCAAUUCCGUUCUACUUUGUGCAACCAUGCGACAUCCUCCCUCGGCGUGUUCGCGCGCGGCGUUCGUACGCUAGCGGCCGAUAUCAAGCCUGGGAAUGUGGUGGAGCUCAAAGGGAAGCUGCAAGAGGUCGUCAAGACUGUCUGGACCAUGCAGGGCCGCGGAAGCUCCAGCAUCCAGGUGGAGCUGCGGGACAUCAACAGCGGUAGCAAGAACGUGGACAAGUGGCGGCCCGAGACCGCCCUCGAGCGCGUGAUUUUGGAGGACCGCGAGUUCACCUUCCUCUACGAUGACGGAGCGUCUGCAGUGCUCAUGGACCCAAAGACGUUUGACCAGGCCGCGGUGGACAAGGCGCUGUUCGGAGAGGCGCGCGGCUUCCUUAAGGACGGUAUGCCGGUGAAGGUGGCCUUCCAUGGGGAGACCCCCGUCACGGCCACUCUGCCACCACAAGUGCGGUGUCGCGUGGUGGAAGCGGCACCUGCGUUCAAGACGGAGCGCAAGACGGCGUCGACCAAGAUGGUUACGCUGGACACGGGCGUGCGCAUCCAGGUUCCAGGCUUCAUUGAGGAGGGCGAGGAGGUGCUGGUCAAGACGGCCGACAUUACAUUCGUGGCGAGGGCAAAGGGCGAGUGAGCGUGGCUGUGCAAGCUCACGUGCGCCUCUUGAAAUGGAUCGAGCAUCUGAACUCAAAGCUCCCAAACGCUUGAGACGGACUUCCACCACGAUAAGUGCAAUCGAGGGAAGUGCAUAGCGGCCAGGACGCUGCGGAGCAUCUCUCAAGCUCAACCAGAAACUGCCAUGAAAAGACGCUGCGUGCUAGAUUCCUUGACGGGAGGGAUUCUAACCAUGCACGAUCGUUUUCAGCGUGUUGCAUGCGCUCGGACAGGACAGUCACCCCAAGGCCAGCAGCUCAACUUGGACCCGACGUUGAAAAUCGAAAGGUAGUGAAAAGAAUUGUCCGACUGCAGUGGACAGCACGAUCAGUAACACGCAUUGCCCAGCGCAAUCCUGAUGACCUGCUAAAGGACUCGUCUUUUUAAACUAAUCUCGGACCGCUCCUGGCCUGUUCUGUAGCUCCGACGUCAGGGCUACUAUAUGUGAGCAAAGCCUCACUCAAGCAAGCCGG